GGGAAUGGCCGUGGAGGCGGCUCCGUGCAGUUCAAAUCCCACCUCUGCUUAAACAAUGUACUGCUUCGUGGGAUGGUUGCGGGAGAGAAAUCAACUGAGUUAACAAACGCUCAGCGUCUGCUACAAAUCAGGCGCUGUGUUCGCAGCCUCUUCAUUGUUCUCAGAGCCUCCCAAGCUGGCUUACCUAGUAGGUGCUUACCUGUCCGUCGGUGCCCCCGGGAGAGUGGGAGACCUCACCUUGGGUGGGGGGGUCUUGGAUUCUGUCCUCUUCAGCCUCUCCAGUCUCCCCUGGAUACCAACCGCACAGCUACUUCGAUGAAAGGGCCUGAGAAAGCAGUUUCGAGGACCCUGGUGCAUGCAUGGGCCACCCCAACUCUGGCUCUCAGCUUAGUGCCCCCCAGGCUGCACACACUGGUGCCUGGGGAACCAGCCGUGCCGGGUAUCAGACUGGGACUGGUUCCACGCAAGGCAGGCGCUGUGCCGCUGUGCUACCUCUGUCAUCCUCUAUUUUUUUCUUUUUUUAGAGACUCACAUUGAAGUAGUAUAACACACCCACAGAUCAUUAGAUGACUUUAUUUUUCUUUCCUUUUUCUUACCGAAUCACCAUGAGAUACAGUUAAAGCUUUUGCGUUUGCGCUUCACUCAUACACUGAUGGAACACCUCUCCCUUGGGUGACUUCCACACACUGGGCGCACCGUGAACCACACACACAAGAAAAGCGUCUGCUUCCCGACGGCCCCUCCGUAUGCGCCCAGAAAACGGUGCUGAGACGCCGCAAACCUCCGGAGCAGCCCACCCGCCCCUGCAGCAGGGACACGGGGCUUGUGCGGCUUGAACCACGUUCCAGCGCGUCUGGCGGGUGCGCGGGAGUCAGCGUGCCCAGUGGAGGGGGCGGGAAGAGGCUGCUCCGGCAGGGGGGGACACGGGGACACGGGACAGGGCUUUCCACAGACGGAAUGAACCCCGUCACCGUGGCUGGGGCUGGCGGUCGUCAGAACUGCACCUCUGGCAACUUUGAACCUGUGAGUGUAGUUUUGUGUGAUCCUCUAAGGACUCAGGGGACAUUCCUUUCCCAUCGUCACAAAUGACCGCGAGCUUUAAGGACCUUAAGUGCUUUUAGGACCCCCAAGCAGGGUGGGGGUCGGCGCUGCACCAGGUGGGCCUCCCCGGUGCAGUCAGGGCCACGGACCCUUCUGGAGGCCCCGGGGCACAGGUUUUCCCACUUUGGGGCUCUUUCAACGCCCCCAGGGCUUUCUAACUGCUACUCCCGUGGUUGAGGCCCGGCGGCUGCGACCCAAGUCUGUCCUGCGACCCUCGGGAAGCAUCUGGGUGCCCAGACCUUGGCUCCUGGCCCCCCUCCAAAGCUAGGCAUGGGCUCUUGGGGCUUUCCUGUGUCGUGCCACACGCCGCGGUGUGGAACCUCGGCCCGAGCAAUGCAGGCCAGCACGUUAACCCCUGCGCUCCCCGUCCACUCCCAGCUGUGCUUCAGACCCCUUCUAAAGGGCGGGGAGGCCCAGGCUGCUGCGUUCCCAGGGACGCCGCGGUGGGCACCUUCCCGGCAGGUGGGCGCCGUCCCGAGGGGCCGGGACGGGGUGCGGCACUACCGCGGGGUCCACACUGCGCGGACCGCCCCUCCCGGCCCGUGCCGCCGCCCGCCGCCCGCAGCGCCGCCAAGCCCCGCCCCGGAAGCGGAUGAUGCUCCUCGAUCCUCCAAUCCAGCAGCGGGGGCCGAGAACUGACCCUUCCCAUUGGCGGGCGGCGCGGCCCGCCCGGCUCCGAGGCCUCUCAUUGGCCUGCGUUCAGGACGGGUGGUGCCCGCGUGGUCGCGGCCACGUGCUCCCGUCGUGGCGCGCACCGGCCGCCCGGCUCCUGCUCGGCCAUGGCCUCGGCUGGCGGCGGGCCCAGGAAGCCCCGGCUGGCGGCCUCGCUGCCCGUGAGCCCCCGGCGGCCCCCCGCGGGCCUGGGCCACGGCAUCUGGGGGCCUGCGCCCGGCGUGGAUGCGGAUGACCCGGAGGCCGGCGGGCAGCCGCUGGCCCUGACGGCAGGGGACAGUUGGUCCCGGAUGGGGGCCAGCGUCGGGGACCUGGGUGCAGCCUGGGCGCGGGGAGACAUCGGGGGACCGACGGGGAGGGCCCCGAGGGUCUCCGUGCCGCCCACAGGGUCCAUGGGGGACAUCCCGAAGGCGGCCGGACUCCUGGGCCUGCAGCUGCAGGACGAGUCCCCGCAGGCCACCAGCUUGUUUGCCCAGUACGCGGCCAGCCUGGGCGUUUCGCUGACGUUCCACGAGGACCAGCUAGCAGACCCCGGCUUCCCCUUCUCCAUGCCCUCGGCCCUGGGUGGGGUGGUCUGCCCGGCGGACCCCGGCCGCAGCAAGGCGGAGACGGAGCAGCAGGAGGCCCUGGCGGGCGCUGGCUAUGCACGCAGACUGCCCGAGAGCCCAGGACCCCCGCAGGCCCCCCGCAGGCCUCCCCAGCCCGCCCUGAGCGUAGAGAGCAUCGUGACCCACGAGCAGCGCUGCGCGGCGGUGGUCAGCGCUGCCUUUGACCGCCUGGUGGCCGCCGCCUCGCCGUACCAGGCCUGCAAGGGGACCGUGGCCGCCGUGAUCCUGGAGAGAGAGGUCCCGGGCGCCAGGGCCCACGCCAAGGAGACGUACGAGCUGGUGGCGCUGGGCACGGGCGGUGGCAGCUGCAGCGGCUGGCUGGAGUUCUCGGGCCGGCAGCUCCACGACAGCCACGGGCUGGUGGUGGCCCGCCGGGCCCUGCUGAGGUUCUUGUACCGGCAGCUGCUGCUGGCGACGCACGGGGGGCCCAAGGGCAAGGAGCGGUCAGUGCUGGCCCCGCAGCCGGGCCCGGGGCCCCCCUUCGUGCUCAAGCCUCGCAUCUUCCUGCACCUCUACACCAGCAGCACCCCCCAGGGGGCGGCCCACGACAUCUGCCUGCCGCACGGCCCCGCCCUGCGCCUGCAGGCCCACGUGCGCGGGGAGCUGCGGCCCGUGUGCUACCUGGCGCCCGCGCUGCGCGACACCCACGUGGGCUGCCUGUCGGCCAGCGACAAGCUGGCCCGCUGGGCGGUGCUGGGGCUGGGCGGCGCCCUGCUGGCCCACUUCCUGCCGCCGCUCUACGCCACCAGCCUGGUUCUGGCCGACCCCUGCCACGACGCCCCCACGCUGGACAGGGCCAUCCACAGCCGGCCCUGCCUGGACGGGGCGCUGGGCCCGAGCCUGCCGCCCCCUUACACCCGCACCACGCUGCACCUCUUUGCCGGGCCCCCCGUGGCCCCCUCCGAGCCCGCACCCAUCGGCUGCCAAGAUUUGAGCCUCAACUGGAGCCUGGGGGACCCCGACGUGGAGGUCGUGGACGUGAGCACUGGCCGCGUGAAGGCCAAUGGGGCGCUGGGGCCCCCGUCCCGCCUCUGCAAGGCGGCCUUCCUCCACGCCUUCCGCCAGACGGCCCGCGCCCUGGGCAGGCCGCACCUGCUCUCCCUGAAGACCUACGAGGCAGCCAAGGCGGGGCCCUACCAGGAGGCGCGCCGGCAGCUGUCUCUGCUCCUGGACCAGCAGGGCCUGGGCUCCUGGAUGCCGAAGCCGCUGGUGGGCAGAUUCAGGAGCUGACGUGGAGGGGCCUGAGGGGGCCUGUGGGGGCGGCUCUGAGGCCGCUUCAAUAAAGCAGCUCUUCUGGUGCUUCUGUGUCGGCUUUGGAGGGUCCGAGCAGCUCUGGAAGGUGCUGGGGAUUGAACCCGGGCGGCCGAGCGCCAGGCAGGCACCUUGGGCCCGGCGGGGGGCAGCUGGCGGGGCGGGGCGCCGAGCUCCUCGACCGGCAGGACCAGCAGCGUGUUCACUGCUCCGUGGGUGCCUCCCCCUUUUAUUAAAUAAAAAUUUCUCAGACCAGCUUUGAAGUAAUAGUUUCCCUGGGUGGCAUCUCUCAGAACGCAGGAGCUGAUUAGCCUAUCUGUUACCCGCCGUUUCCCCGGAGAUCACGGAGGCUGAUUCACUGUCUGCUGCACGCACACUCGGGUCUGGGCCAGCAUCACCGCCAGUCCCGGCUGCGGCGUGCAGUGAGCCCGUUGGUGUCCAUUAGUCACGUAAUCACUGGGUAAACGUGUUGCUGAGGCGGGCACUGCUGCCCGGGG